AGUGUUAACUGUUACUUACGUGUCUCAGUAGAACAUUCGUUUCGUCUUUCACCUUCUUCGGUAACAACCCAAGAAAAGUACAAAACCCUCGCGCACUCUCUCUCUCUCUCUCUCUCUCUCUCUCUCUCCAUUUUCGAGUACAAAAAGAAUCACAUCCCAAUAUCUCUCUCUCUCUCUCUCACCACUCUUCGCUUCUCAACUCAACUCAGGCUUUUUAAUGGAAGGGGCAGAGAGAGGAUAUAGUAAUUGAUAGAAGUAUUGAAUUUGGAGUAAUCAACAUAGCAAUAAACUGGUUGUGAAAGGCGUUGGGUGAUCUUACUGACGCUAUUGAGAUUAAUUUGGAGUUUCACUGUUUUUAAUAGUUCAGGAGGUUUGUUGUCAUCUGAAGAUCCGUGAUGGAUUUGGAUACUGAUAUGCAUGAUUCCCCAGCUUUGCCUAAUUUGUCGGAUUCCCAAAACAAUGUAGCUGUUAAAUUGAUGAAGAAAAAUAAUAAGAGAAAAAUAAAGAAGACUGAAUGUAAUGCUGUCAAAAGUGAUGUCAAUGCUUGUGCCACUCCAAAGAAUACUUUUUCAUCAAAAACUUCUACAUCGGCAUUGGAUAUUUGUUUGGGGGAAAAUGAAAAAAAGGAACAGAAUAUCAUCAGUGAGGCUGCUGAGAAGGGCAAUGGAGAGAGUGGUAUUCAAGACAAAGGGUGCAGCUUCAAUUCAGUCGUAGCUGAUGCAAAGUUAUUUGCAAAAGAGUCUGUGUCAGAAGUUGUCAAAAUGAACAUAGAGCAGACUAUAACUGCAAACAGUUCCAUCCCUGAGGAAACGAGUGAUUCUGUGAAGAAUGGAAGUCUGGUAAAGAAUCAGCAUAAAGACCUUGAAGUUCAUGAUUUGUCUGAUAAAUCUCGGUUCAGUAAAACCUAUUCAAGGAAAAGAUCAAAGAAUGACACUUGUGUGGGAAACUUGGAUUGCCCAAGUCCUGUAAAUUGUAACAAGGAACCAACUAUCCAGGAUCAUCACAAUGAUAAUUCGCAUGAAGUUUCUGAUGGACCAUUGACAGAUGGUUUAAUUGAAAUAGAAACGGUGCAUUCCAUUGAUCAGAACAAAGUUAAAGCUGAGGAAAUUGAGUUGAUAGCAGAGAACAAUUCUGAGCAAAAAAAUACGACUACAUCUUCUGUUGUUGACAUUCUGGUGACACAAAUUGAAGAAACAAAUGCUAGACAGGUAGAUAAUGCUGAGGUUACAAGAAAUGAUACGUGUUGUCCAGGUGAUGUUUCUGAGCAAAAAUCUACGACUACAUCUUCUGUUGUAGACAUUCCGGUGACACAGCUUGAAGAAGCAAAUGCUAGACGGGUAGAUCAUGCCGAGGUUACAAGAAAUGAUACGUGUUGUCCAGGUGGUGUUUCUGAGCAAAAAACUACAACUACAUCUUCUGUUGUAGACAUUCCGGUGACACAACUUGAAGAAACAAAUGCUAGACAGGUAGAUCAUGCUGAGGUUACAAGAAAUGAUACGUGCUGUCCAGGUGAUGUUUCUGGUUUAAGCUCAGUCGCUGUAAACGUUGGUAAUUCAAAGAUAUCACAAUGCUCAGUGGAGAGAACUAUUAUCAGCAACUCAAAGAACAAGCUUCUCAUCCUUGAUGUGAAUGGGCUACUUGCUGAUUGUGUCAGUGAUGUUCCUAAUGGAUAUUAUCAACCAGAACCACAUUUUUGGGUUCGAAGGAGAAAAGUGUAUAAGAGGCCCUUUUGUGAUAGUUUUCUACAGUUUUGCUUUGACAAAUUUCAUGUGGGCGUUUGGUCAUCUAGAGCCAAGUGUAAUGUUGAUGAAGUAAUCAAAUGUCUAAUGGGGAAAUCUGCAUCCAGACUGCUCUUUUGUUGGAAUCAAUCCCACUGUACUACAACAAAAUUCAGUACUGUUGAGAAUAAAGACAAGCCCCUUGUGUUGAAAGAACUCAGAAAGUUAUGGGAUAAAUUGGAACCUGGUCUUCCGUGGGAGAAGGGAGAGUUCCAUGAGUCGAACACAUUAUUAUUGGAUGACUCCCCUUACAAAGCACUUGUGAAUCCCAAGUAUACGGCUAUAUUCCCUUAUUCUUACCGGUACUACCACACUAGAGACUCAGCGUUAGGACCUAAAGGUGAUCUUAGGGGUUAUCUAGAAAGGUUGGCUAUGGCGCACAAUGUUCAAGAGUUUGUGAAAUCAAAUCCAUUUGGGCAGCGGUGCAUAAGAGAAGCAAAUCCAUCCUGGGGUUACUAUCUCAAAGUUAUAGAAUCUGUUAAAUGCAGGGAAAAUGAUAGGCCCUCAGCAUCAGAUAAGGAGCAAACUGCUUAAAGAAGAACCAGGAUGAAAGCCAUGGAGAUGAAAAUUGAUUUAUACCGUUCAUAUUUUGGAGUGUGUUUGUUUGUGUUACAAACAAAUUACAGUAAUCCUACUAGGACACAGAUACGAGGGCAAACAUUUUUUGAUGUGUUUCGAUUUUUGUUGCGCACAGUAUAUUUGCCUUAGAAAAACUAGAUAGAUGCGUACAUUUACAGUUUCUUAACUGCAUACCAAGAAUACGUCUUAUCCGGCCAAAUGCACGUCCGAAGCAGUUGAAAAUUGAAAUAUAUUUAGAAUUGAAUUAUAUUUUAUCAUAGUUUCUCAUAUUAUAUAUAGGUUUUAUGUAACUUAUUUCAGGUUCAGAUAGUUUUUCCUUUCCCAUUGA